GAUGAUGUUGAUGCUGAUUCUUCUGAUGAUGAUGGUGAUGAUGCUGCUGCUAGGAGCCAGGAGAUUGUGGCAGCAGCAGAUGGUUUUGUGUCCCGAAAGUUGGAAAAUACUGCACGGCACCACGGACGGGUUUUUCAGUCAGCAUCCAUCCAGCAGUCGACAGUGACCGUCGUCGUCGGAGUUCGUCCUUGCCGUCAACGAUUGCACUUGUGCGAAAUAUUUAUAGGCAGAUUCGCAAACGAAUAGUUGCGUCGCGUAGUUGGCCGUUCUUCGAGUGUUUCGGUUCGAGUAGAAGAUAGCGAUUGGAAUCGGUGAAUCUUCCCGUGCGUAGGUAGAGCAGACAGCCAGACAGUGGAAAUUGUAGGCCGUGGACCGGUCUUCUUUCUUCGUCGUUGCGUGUCGUCGCGUGUUUAUGAACUAUAUGUCUCUGUAGACAAAGUGUCGUCAUCCGUCGCGGCCUGCUUGGUCGAUGUCAUUACCGGUUUCCGAGCGAGCGUUUUCUCAUCUGUUAUCCGGUCGUUUGUUUUGAUCGUUUGUUUCGGGGUCGACCGCGUGGUUUCGACUGAAGCAGUGACAAAGCCGGUACCCAGGGAAAGAGGUGGAGGUGGCUUAAAGAAGAGGAUUUAGCGCCCGAAACCCGGAUUGGAUAAUGUGAAACAUGUGUUGCUGGUUGCGUUCAAUUUAGAAUGAUGUGAUAAUAGGAUGAUUGAGUGAUGUCAGUUGGCUCUUUUAAGUACGGGGUUCCUAGCUGAAUAGUGAUGAUGAUGCCAAGGCAAUCCACGUAAUUCAGUGAUUAAUUGGUUGGUCUCGCGAGCUCGAGUGCUUUACCAGAUUACAUUAUCCUUCUGUUGCUGUAACCUUACUUCUCCUGGGAAUACCGGGACGCCCACGAAGGGACGCGGAGAGUGUAUUAAUUAAAAUUCCAUGUUCGUUUGGUGCGUCGAUUACUUCCAAUCCUCCGGCCUGGCCGUGUUUCGCCUCGAUGUAUGCAACAAUAGCGAUUAAUUAAAAUUUCAUGUGAAAAACAGAUUUUUGCGACCGCAGAACUGCAACGUGGGUAAUUUGUGGAACAUUGAAAUCGACCAUGUUGGCCGGAAUCGUUCGUUGGGUCAGCCCUCUGCUCCUGCUGCUUCCACUAAAGGGAGCCUCAGCUUCCCCAGACGGGGGAGGCUAUCUGAAAAUGUUUCCGGUCCAAUCCCAGUACGAUCCUUGCUACGAUGAGGACCGACCCCGAAGAUGUGUCCCCGAUUUUGUGAAUGCUGCCUUCGGGAUGCCAAUCGUCGCAUCUUCAACCUGUGGUCUGAAAGGCCCCGUCGAAGUUUGUGACAGCCAAGAACUUCGAGGACCUUGCCACCAAUGUGAUGACUCGAUUCCUCGCAAACGAUAUCCCGCUUCAGCGCUCACCGAUGUCAACAAUUCCAAUAACGUCACCUGCUGGAGGUCAGCUCCUAUCCCAACUCCGACAGGCAUGAACGACCCCCCAGACAACGUUACUCUAACCCUAUCCCUCGGAAAAAAGUACGAACUUACCUACGUCAGUAUGACCUUUUGCCCAGGAGCAGUAAAACCUGAUUCCAUGGCCAUCUACAAAAGCGUAGACUUCGGCCGAACCUGGCAACCCUUCCAGUUCUACAGCUCCCAGUGUCGUCGGGUCUACGGAAGACCCAAUCGAGCUACUAUCACCAAAGCCAACGAACAGGAAGCCCGCUGCACCGAUGCUCAUAGACACAUGGGCGAGUCCACCGGUAUCCAAGGGUCCCGUAUAGCCUUCAGCACCCUCGAAGGCAGACCCUCGGCAUCCGACUUCGACUCCUCCCCGGUGCUCCAGGAUUGGGUCACUGCCACCGAUAUCCGCAUAGUCUUCCACCGACUACAAAUGCCCCAAGAAUCCAUCGAAGACCUCCUCCUCCUCGGUUCCCCUCAAGUCCCUCUCUCCUUCCGCCUCAAGAAAGACCCCUUCACUUUCGAUACCCUAGAAAACUCAAGUACAGACACCGAAUCCUUCAACUACCAAAAUCCAUCUCCAACGCAACCAGUUUUAACCCUUACGCACCACUACGCAGUGUCGGACUUUGCCGUUGGGGGUCGUUGUAAGUGUAAUGGACAUGGUUCGCGGUGUGUUAGUGGAAGGGAUGGGGAGCUGAGCUGCGAUUGUAAGCAUAAUACAGCUGGGAGGGAUUGUGAACGAUGUAAGCCGUUCCACUUCGAUCGGCCUUGGGGAAGGGCCAAUGCGAGGGAGCCGAAUGAAUGCAAGAUGUGCAGUUGCAAUGGGCACGCCCGGCGCUGCCGGUUCAACAUGGAGCUGUUCAAAAUGUCCGGCCGGAUUUCCGGUGGGGUUUGCCUGAACUGCCGGCACGCGACCACCGGCCGCCAUUGUCAUUACUGCCGGGAAGGCUACUACCGGGACGCUACAAAACCCAUCACCCACCGGAAGGUUUGCAAGCGUGAGUAUCGAGAACCUUAA